AUGAAUGAUCUUUUAAAAUCUAAAGAAAUUAUUAAUCAUCAUAAUGAAUUAGAUCUUCUUAUUGAUGAUAUAAAUAAUGAUGAAGAAUUAUCUUCAUUAAUUCAAUGUUUUCCUAAAGAAACUAAACAAUUUAUAUUGAAACUUAGAAAUUCACAUUUUGAUCAAUCUAAUAAUAGUAAAAAGCAAACACAUCGAUAUUUAACAAAUUUUGAUAUUGAAGCACCAUUUAGUACAUCAACAACAUAUAGAAAUACAUUUUGUCAUCAAACUACUAAUAAUACUAAUAAUGUUAAUGAAUCAUUUAAAUUUCAAAUAGGUCAACCAAUUCUACGAUUUGGUGAAAUGCCUGUUUUCACUGAUUCUAUUUUAUAUCCCGGUCAAAAUCGUCGAUUACAAAGUACAACACAUGAAACAUUUGUUGAAAAACCAAUCACUUACACAGAACCAGCAAAACCGGUACCAACAAAUCUUCGUGUUGAAGGUGAACGAGAUUUUUUAACUACAAAUAAAAGUGUUUACACAGUCAAACCAAUAACAGGAUGUCCUGUACGUAGACUAAAGGUGCCAAGUAUUCCAAAACCACGUGUUAGCGAACCGUUUUCUGGUGAAACUCAAUUUCGUGCAGAUUUUCCCCCAGAACGUGCAUGGAAUAGUGUUGAUCCAAUGAGCUCAAUUGUACCACAACCAUGUCAACCGCCCAAAGCACAAAUUCAAUUGCGCGACACAAAUGAGAUAUCUUUUCAUACAGAACAGCGUGAUCAAUUUCAAGGUCAUGAUGCUAAGACUAAUCCAAAACCGAAAUCAUUCAAACAUGAACCAUCGGUUUAUACCAAACCAGCUAUUAAACUUGAUUGUAAUUCAGUGACGAAAUUGGAUUUCCAACCAUAUACAACUGAACAAAUACUUAGUGUGAACGCAAAGUCUACUUUCGGUCGAAAAAUAAUGAAUAAUGAUGACAAUGGUGUACAACAAUCUGGAAAAAUGAAACCUGAGGAAUUAAAACUACUGAAAAACUAUUUAAAAGGUUUAAAAUCAGCGAAAAAUCAACAAUUACCUAAAAUGUAG